UAAUCAAAAAAGCAACCUCUACUCUCCUCUCUCACAACGAACAACAGAAUUUUUAUCUAUUUUUGUUUACGACAUUGGGUUUUGUCAGAAAUUUGCAUGUUUUCGGUCAAAAUUGAAUAUAGGUACAUACAUACAAGCUCCUGAAAGAUGUUCGAGAAUUUAUGGCCACAGUUAGUUAGCGUUUGAGGGGGAGAAUUAACGGCAACAAAAACAGCCAUCGGAAAUAAGGCAAGAGUACAAUGAGCCUUGUUCCUGCCGCCUGAGGACGUGACAAGCUUUAAGGAGACUGAGGAGGAGCCGGAGGAUACCCUGAGGAGGCGCGUGCCUGCGUCUGCCACAUGAAGUCAAAUUAAACUGUCGGGGCAAUAAAUCAAAAGACAUGAAGGAAAAGCGGUAUUUACUUUCCCCGAGUGUCUUGGUGUCUAGAUAAGAGUGAAGGAAAACUUUAGCAAAAGCAAUUUGGCCGAUAGACAGGAGGACCCAGCUUAUCCAAAACUUCCCCAAAUCCAAGUCCACACCUACCGUCGCCAUCAUGUACGGGAUGUUGUACGAGAGCGUGCAGCACUACAUCCAGCAGGAGUACGGCAUGUCCACCUGGAGGAAGGUCUGCGAGAUUGUGGAGUGCAAGCACCAGAGUUUCAAGACGCACCAGAUCUAUCCGGACAAGCUUAUGCCGGACUUUGCUGCCGCCCUGUCUGCCUGCACUGGAGAGUCCUUCGACUUCUGCAUGAACUUCUUCGGGAAGUGCUUCGUGCGCUUCUUUAGCAACUUUGGCUACGACAAGAUGAUCCGCUCCACGGGACGAUACUUUUGUGACUUUUUGCAAUCCAUCGACAACAUUCACCUGCAGAUGCGCUUCACCUACCCCAAGAUGAAGUCGCCCAGCAUGCAGCUGACCAACAUGGACGACAACGGAGCCGUCAUCCUCUAUCGCAGCGGGCGGACUGGCAUGUCCAAGUACCUGAUUGGCCAGAUGACGGAGGUGGCUCGCGAGUUUUAUGGCCUGGAUAUGACCGCCUACGUGCUGGAGAGCCAGAACGACAUUUGUGGCGGCACGGCGGGCCCCAUUAAGCUAACAGACGGCCCACUUACAGUGAUAGUUAAGUACCGGCUGGACUUUGACAAUCGGGACUACAUGGCCAAGCGGGUAAACGUGGUCGCCCAUCCGUCGCAGCUCAAGAUGCCCUCGGUGGACCUGAACAUCUUCCUGGAGCUGUUCCCCUUCACUAUUGUGUUGGACCACGACAUGUGCAUCACACUCGCUGGCGAGAAGAUAAUUGAGACGUGGAUUCUGCAUAAUCCUGGCGUCAACCCUAAGAGCUUCAUUGGUAGCCACGUCAUGGAUCGCUUCAAGUGUCGGCGGCCGAAGGAUACGAAAAUCGAGUGGGAAACCAUUCUGCAAAUGCGCACGGUUCUCUUUGAGUUCGAGCUCAUCCGCACGGGCCACAAUCGAGCCGCCUACGAUGCGGCCCUAAACAUCGACUACGACACCUUCGACGAUGCCAGCCUGAACGAGGCACAGGCGAUGGCGCUCGCCAGUGCCAAGGAGUUCAGUGCAGAGAAUGCCAAAGAGGAGGAGGCUGCCACUUCGUCCAAGAACGAGAUCGAUCCGGCGACAGGCCAGCGGCGAACCUCUGUUGGACUGCGUUCCAUCCUUCUGAAGGGACAGAUGUUCUACAUAAAAGACGUGGACUCGCUGAUCUUUCUUUGCAGUCCGCUAAUCGAGAAUCUGGAUGAACUGCACGGGAUUGGUCUGUACUUGAACGACCUUAAUCCGCACGGCCUGAGCCGAGAGCUCGUCAUGGCUGGCUGGCAGCACUGCUCCAAGUUGGAGAUCAUGUUCGAGAAGGAGGAACAGCGUUCGGAUGAGCUGGAGAAGUCCCUGGAGCUGGCCGACUCUUGGAAGCGACAAGGCGAUGAGCUUCUCUACUCCAUGAUCCCCCGACCCAUUGCCGAACGGAUGAGGAAGAGUGAGGAGCAUGUCUGCCAGACCUUUGAGGAGGUUUCCGUCAUUUUCAUCGAGGUCCUGAAUGUCUAUGACAGUGGUUCUAACAACAUCCAGGACGCCAUGCAGGCGGUUACCACCUUGAACAAGGUAUUUUCGGCACUGGACGAGGAGAUCAUCUCGCCGUUUGUGUACAAAGUAGAAACUGUGGGAAUGGUUUACAUGGCGGUUUCGGGAGCUCCAGACGUUAAUCCACUCCACGCCGAACACGCCUGUGAUCUGGCCCUGCGCGUGAUGAAGAAGGUUAAGGCCCACGCUCUGCCCGGUGUGGCCAUUCGGGUGGGAAUCAACUCUGGACCGGUGGUGGCCGGUGUGGUGGGCAUGAAGGUGCCCCGGUACUGCCUUUUCGGAGAUACUGUCAAUACAGCCUCGCGCAUGGAGAGCAGCAGCGAUCCCUGGAUGAUUCAGCUGUCGAACUAUACGGCGAAAAAGGUGCAAAAGGUCGGAUACAAAGUGGAGGCACGGGGUUUCGUCAAGGUCAAGGGCAAAGGAGAGAUGGAGACCUACUGGCUUUUGGAGGGACCAGAGCAAUAAUUUGGUUAUGGUUUUCAACGGUACCAUUUUUGUAAUAACCUAAGGCACCAGCUUUGCUAUCUUUAUAAGGAAGCAUGAAGCCACACACCCUUAGGGUAGAAGAAUAAACCUAUGAUAAAAAUGUACAAACUUGAAAUAAAUAAAUACAAAC